AACAGAGCCGUGCAGGGAGAGCGCUCUCUAAAUAGCUCUGGUGAUGAGUAUCUAGAACCACCUGCUGUACGGGUUAUGUAGCAGCAUCCUUGACUUCCCGUAUUGACUCUGAGCUGACUUCAGUCUGAACCUGAACCACAUUACCCAGAACGCACCGCGCCGGCUCAGGGUUCACGGACCUAGCUGUCAGGCUAGCUGUCAGCUAACGUCUCUCAGCUCUUGUUUACCUGCCCUCAUAUCGCUGCUACUGUCCAAUGUUACUUUAUGAGUCCAACACGCGUGUAUCCUAAUUUCUCUGUCAUUUUUUAACUAUUCAUGAGUGUUUCAGACACUUUGGCGAACGAUAACCACGUUGUCCUGGAUUGUUGUGGAGGUUUGAGUAACCUGGAUUACAGCAAGGUGGACAUGUCGUUGCUAGGGGAGGUUGUGAGGCACGUGGACGUUAGCGACCCCCGGUUCUGUGUGGCCGUGCUCGCCGUCCUCUUCAACCCCUUCUUCUGGAACGUGGUGGCCCGCUGGGAGCACCGCACCCGGGGCCUGAGCCGUCUGUUCCGCAGCCCCUCGCUGGCCUGCUACUGUCUGGGCGUCCUCAUCAUCCUGCUCAACGUCUACCGCAGCCACAGCAUGGCGGUGGUGAUGAAGGCCCAGCCCCGCUGGGAGCUCCUGGACCGGGUGGAGGUGUUCUACGCGGGGGCGGUCCUCAUGGCGGCCGGCGGCCUCCUGGUGCUCACCAGCUUCCUCAGCCUGGGCUUCACCGGGACCUUCCUCGGCGACUACUUUGGGAUUCUGAUGGAUGAGCCGGUGACCGGGUUCCCCUUCAGCCUGACGGAGAACCCCAUGUACUGGGGCAGCAGCGCCACCUACCUGGGCCUGGCCCUCAUCGGUGCCAGCCCGGUGGGACUGGUCCUCACUGCGGUGGUGUUCCUCUCCUACGCGGUGGCCAUCGCGUUCGAAGGACCGUUCACGCAGCAGAUCUACCGGGAGAGGAGCCAGCGCUGCAAGCACAAGUGACCCCCCCCCCCCCACCCCGCCGUGACCCCUCCCUGAACACCCACGUCGCAGCACCAGCCCCCCGGACGCCAGCACCCGACCCCCCGGAAGCACAGACUGACCAGAGACCGGUGACCCGAGACUAGAGAGAGACCAGAGACCGGUGACCCGAGACUAGAGAGAGACCAGAGACCAUAGUAGUACAGAGACCAGAGAGAGACCAGAGACCAUAGGACUAGUACAGAGACCAGAGAGAGACCAGAGACCAUAGGACUAGAGCAGAGACCAGAGUGAGACCAGAGACCAUAGUAGUACAGAGACCAGAGAGAGACCAGAGACCAUAGUAGUACAGAGACCAGAGAGAGACCAGAGUCUAUAGGACUAGUACAGAGACCAGAGAGAGACCAGAGACCAUAGGACUAGUACAGAGACCAGAGAGAGACCAGAGACCAUAGGACUAGUACAGAGACCAGAGAGAGACCAGAGACCAUAGGACUAGAGCAGAGACCAGAGAGAGACCAGAGACCAUAGUAAUACAGAGACCAGAGAGAGACCAGAGACCAUAGUAGUACAGAGACCAGAGAGAGACCAGAGACUAUAGGACUAGACCAGAGACCAGAGAGAGACCAGAGACCAUAGCAGUACAGAGACCAGAGAGAGACCAUAGGACUAGAGCAGAGACCAGAGAGAGACCAGAGACCAUAGUAGUACAGAGACCAGAGAGAGACCAGAGACCAUAGGACUAGAGCAGAGACCAGAGACCAAGGACCCGGGAAUCAGACCACAGACAGUUUUUUAUUCCAAACCAGUGUUAUGUUGCUCCUCCGUCUCGUUAUGAAGGAGAAGGGGGUUGGGGGGGGGGGAGUCAGACUCAAACCUGCUCCCAGAGGUGCAUCGAUCUCAGACCAGGUUGUCAUGACGAUCUCUGAAGAAGACUUUGAUCCAGUGUUUUAUUUAUUCAGCCGCCUCACCUCCGCAACGACCCUCGAUAAACGUUCUCUCUGUCCCGGUUCUCCGCGUGCUCCGUGGUUCUCCUCGAUAGGUUCCCUCAGUGUUCUCCUCUCCUUGUGUCCUCGUCUUCAUCAGCGUCUCUCCUUGUUCCUGUCGUUCUCCUCCUUCCUGAUGAACACACUGUAUCACAUGAGAUGAUGAAUGUGCUUAAACAUCGCUCCGUGAGCAGGUCGUUAAUCAGAGGCGGGUUCUCGACGAGCAGCUGUCAUCCAUUGUUUUCGUGGUUGUCCCUGACGAUACUCGACACACAGUGUCUAUGCAAUAAUUACAGGUCAACACUGUACAUUACAUUCCUGUUUGUAUGUUUGGUUAAUAAAGAUGUGAUUCAACUUGA